GCAUCGCCGCCGACGCAGCUGCGACGCCGGCGUCGACGUGCGCAAUGACGAGCGGUUUGUUGCAGAGACCGCGUAUAAAAGGGUUGGACGGCGCAGAGGUCGUCAACACUCGACGCGCAGCACUUGUGGAAUAAACGCGAGCGAAACGUUAUAUAAGCGGGAGAAAUAGCGAGAGCGAGAGAGUGAGAGAGCGAAAGGAUAAUAACAUCAAGUUGAUCGAUAAAAGUUACUGGUCUUUGUUUUUUUUUUUAUUGGUAUUUUUUGACGUGCACCUUGCAAAAUGCAGUUCGCUUUUUCGCGCGCGCUUUUGAUCUGCGCGUGCUUGGCCUUUGCCGCCGCCGAUCAGCAGCCGCAGCCGCAGCAGCAGCAGCAGCAAAAACAAGUGCAGCCAAAUGCGACGCCCGCCAAGCCAAAGCGCGACGCUGGCCUAAGCUUUGGCAGCGGCAUCUAUCACGGACCCUCACACAAAUACCUGCCGCCCGCCGCCAUCGGCGCGGGAGGCUAUGAGAGCACCUAUGCGACACUGCACGGCAAUGGCCUGGCCUCCAGCAGCGGCUUCGACUUUGCCAGCCUUGACACGGAUAACAGCCAGCAGCAGCAGCAGUAUCAUCAUCAUCAUCAUCAUUAUAGCCACCAGCCGCACACAUAUCAGUCGCUGGCCUCCCAUCAUGGACACGGACGACCCGUCUACAUCAGCUCGUCCAGCGCGGGCGGCUAUCACCAUCGGCCACAGGCGCCCAAGGUGGAGACGUACAUUGUGCAGACCAGCAGCAGCGGCGGCGGACAUGGACAUGGACCUGGACCUAGCCAUGGACCUGGUCGUGGACAGCAGGGUCAUGGCUUGGGCGGCGGCUACAAAUACGCUGGACAUGGCGGUGGCUAUCUGAGCCUGCUCGGCGGCGCACACAAGCAACACGGCGGCGGCGGCGGCGGCAGCAGCACCUACUUGCUGGCCACGCCCUCCUACAGCAGCAGCAGCAGCAGCAGCAGCGGUAGUCAUGGAUCUGGAGCAGGCUACUCGCUUGGACUUGGACACGGCCAUGGCCAUGGCUUGGCUCAUAGCCUGGGCGGACAGCACUUUGCGUCCGGCCUCGAGCAGCACGAGCACUAUGAGGGGCCCAGCUCCAUACACUACAAGCAGCAGCAGCCGCUGAGCAGCUAUGGCGUGCCCCUCCAGCCUGGCUACGAGCACAGCAGCCAGCUUGAUUCGGCCGAGGAGGAGCUGCAACAGCAUCAUCACCAGCAGCAGCUGCCGGCAGAGCAUGGCGCGGCGCACAAGACGCAACAGGAACAGCAGACGCCCGCCUAUGCGCUGGGCCACAAGGGACUCGGCCACUUUAGCUAUACGUCCAGCAAGCCGCUGGCCCUGAACACGGACAUUCAUCCGGCUGGCGGGCAUCAGGAGCACAACGAACUGUUCGCCGAGCUGUCCAAGACGCCGUUCAUGCCGAGCGCCUUUCUGGGUGCCAAGCCCGAGCCGAGCGUUGGCUUUGAUUUUGCCACGCCCAGUGCACAGACGACGGGCUAUGAUUAUUCGGCGCCGGCGGUGCUUUAUGGUGCGCCCGGUCAGUCUGGUGACUCGGCCACGCCCAUUUUUGAGCCAGAAUCCACAUACCUGCCGCCGGUGAGCAGCUUCGGAGCCGCAGCCACGCCCACGCACGGCUAUCAUUAAAUUAUUGCAUAGUCCAUAAACUAUUCUUAUCAUUA